AUUUCUUUUAAAGGAGCAUUACUGACUUCAACAGGUACAUAUGUUGAAGAAUAUCACAAGUCGAUUAUAACUUUGGUUUGUUGAAAUAAUGGUUCUAUUUCAAAGAUGUACGCUGAAAAACCUUAUCCUGCCGAGUCCUUACUGUCGGGGUUGGGGAGUUCUACCAGCGUGUAAAAGUUAUAUCACUGAGUUCACAUUUUUUCUCCUCCUUGGACAUCGAUGCACUGGAUACAGUACCAUAUCAGGGAUCCCUGGUGUGAGAGAACGUACUCUUAUUGCAGUGAAACCAGAUGGGGUCCAGCGCCGCCUUGUGGGACAGAUAAUGGAACGCUUUGAGCAGAGAGGCUUCAAACUGGUGGGCAUGAAGAUGCUGCAGGCAUCAGAGGAGCUGCUCUCUCAGCACUACCAGGAGUUAAGGAGGAAGCCCUUUUUCCCCAGUCUCCUGUACUACAUGACCUCUGGUCCCAUAGUUGUUAUGCUGUCCGUGUCGGGUGCCCAGCUCCGGUAUUCCCAGCAGAGGGAGCCAACAUGGACUCACGUACCCUCCCCUCUAUUACCAUCCCCCGGGGUAGACCUCCUGGGAUACCACAAUAGAUAUGGCAAAAUUAGGUGCUGCUGAAAAGCAAAGACUCUACAGACAGCGCAGGGAUGCUGACCCACACCACAGAGCAGCCUCCCUUAAACAAAACACCAGACUUACUUAAGGGAUUUAGAGGAUUUAAACCAUUUCUUAGAAAAGGUUCAUGACAAUACUGUCUUUGAUUAUAUAUACAAAUUAAAGACUGAAAUGACAUUCUAGAAAGCCCGAAUUGUUAUCUAAAAUAUAGGUAACACCAGUGACAAAAAGGCAGCACAAGCAUUUUUUUAAAUGUAAUGUAGUAAAAAUAAAAAUAAAUGUUAAACUGUCAUUUGUUGAUUUAUAAUGUUAAGCGCUUAACUAUUAUCUGGUUAAGUUGAAAAUAUGGAGAGUGGUGCUCAGUAAUGUAUUGGAUUUGCCCCCGAACAUAACACGUUGAGUUCAGAACAAAAAGUAAAUUGCUUUGCCACAUUUAUUGCAAUAUUACUUUAAGUGCCUUGUUGCAAACAGGAUGCAUGUGUCACGCCCUGACCAUUCAUUUGCUGAAUUGACUGAUUCAUUUCAGAUUGGAUUUCCCUAAUCCUGG